GGAACCAGAUAUUUUACUCUUCUUCCGGCGUGUGAGUCGGUUCUGGUCAAGAUGGCUUCUCAGCAACAACAGCCCGGUGGGCCGAUUUCUCAGCCUGGAUUACAACAGCCCACUUCAAUACAACAGCAACAGCAGCAGUUGAGCCAACAGCAAGACUUUGAUCCAGUUCAUAGAUUUAAGAUGCUUAUUCCGCAGCUGAAGGAGAGUCUGCAGAAUGUAAUGAAGAUUGCAUCCCUGAAUUUGGCCCAUAACACGUCGAUAGACAACGGCAUCAAAAGCAGCGACGCCUCUGUUCAGCGCUUUGACAAAAGCCUAGAGGAGUUUUAUGCCCUUUGCGAUCAACUGGAGCUGUGUUUGCGGUUGGCGUACGAGUGCCUUUCCCAGAGCAUUGACAGCGCCAAGCAUUCGCCCAACCUGGUCCCGACAGCCACCAAGCCGGACACAGUGCAGACGGAGUCCAUGUCUUACGCCCAGUACCUCGGCAUGAUCAAGUCUCAGAUCUCCUGCGCCAAAGAUAUCCACAACGCUUUGCUGGAGUGUUCCAAGAAGAUCGCAGGAAAGGAACAGCCUCAGGGAACCAUGUAGACCUUUGACCGACUUUUCCAAGUCUUUCUGCAUCUGGUGACUUUUUUGAGGAAGAUGAUGGAUUUCAUAUUUGGGGCUGUCCCAUUUACAGAUCUCGGUUUAGCGCUACAAUAUUCUUGUGUAUUUAGUUUUGAUUAUUUUAUUUUUUUUAAUAAUUUAUGUUUCUUGUAAGAGCUGUGUAAAUAUUUCCAACAAACAGUCAUGUUCUGAGAUGACCAGGAGGUGGUGGCAGAGUUGUACUUGCCACCUAAAUACUCACAGGUCUUUUGUAGCUUAUUUUUAUUGAACAUUAAAACCUUUCUACAUAUA